UUUGUGGAGUCUCUUUCUCUUUGUACAGUGAGUUUUGGUAUGGGGAGGAUAUUUAUUGAUCACCCUGGCGGAACCAGAGUAUAUUCAUGCACCAACUGUGACACAGCCCUAACCAACCGCUCUGAACUAGUCUCAACGAGAUUCACUGGAGCCACAGGACGGGCAUUUCUAUUCAACAGAGUAGUUAACCUUCUCUUCAGUGAAGUAGAAAACAGGAUAAUGCUGACUGGUAGACAUAUUGUCAGAGAUGUAUCGUGUAAAAACUGUACUACAAGACUUGGGUGGAUCUACGAGUUUGCAACGGAAGACUCACAGAAAUAUAAGGAAGGGAGAGUCAUCCUGGAGAGAGCACUCAUCACUGAAAGUGAAGGCAUCGAAGAUGUCGAAUGAACUUCAUAGCUAGUUUUUAAUCUUUCAAUCAUCACCAUGCUUUUCAAGUUUGUGUUUUGUUCAUCUGUCUAUGAUAAUUAUUGGUCUUUUG